AUGGUCUCUACCACUGACAACAAGAACCCCGAGCGCGUCGCGGCCGGUCUCAAGGCUACCAUGCACAACCCCAACGUCAGCGAGGAAGCCAAGCACCACGCUGCCGAACGCCUCGAGCAGAUGGGCUCGGGCACCGGAACUCAUCGCGGCGAGUCUGGCUCGCACAGCUCCACACAGGACAAGAACCGCGUCCUUGGCGGCUACAAGGCAACGCUGGCGAACGAACAUACUUCCCCUGAGGCGAAGAAGCACGCCAGGGAGAUCCUCGAAGCCCAUGGAUAUACCAUAGAGCGCGGCGAGGGCGUCUCGGAGGACGAGCACCAUACCCGUGUGCUGGCUGGUUACAAGGCCGCUCUGCACAACCCUCGCGUGUCUGAUGAGGCAAAAGCCCAUGCCAGAGAGUACCUUAGGGAGCACGAUGCGCUCUAAGCCAACCAAUCAAGCCUAAUCAUGUACCUUUAAAUUGUAUCGUAGAACGGUACAAGAUAAUUGUAAAGUUUAA